AUGGCCGAUUUCGAAGAGGCCAUGGCCGUCCAAAAAAUAAACGAAAACACCUGGGUUGGCCGCCGCCCCCUUGGUUUACCUCUUCCAGGUGCUCGAGGCGUCUAUGGAGGCCAUUUGGUGGCCCAGGGUCUUUUGGUGGCCAUGGAACUGGCGCCCGGCCAUAUUCCUCACUCGUUCCACAUCCACUUUAUCAAGGCCGGCCUGGCACAGACGCCGAUAACUUACACGGUGACCCGGCUCCGGGAAGGCAGCUUCGCCCAGCGGCAAAUUGUGGCGCUGCAGAAGGGGAAAACGGUGUUUUCGGCCAUGUGCUCUCUUUUCCAAAAGGGCCAGAGGGCCAAUUCGUUACAGUUGAGUCCACAGCCGCCGCUGCUAGCGCAAAAAUAUCCCGAUCCUGACGUUCUCCACAACGUGGUCCAUACGGAUUUUGUGCACAAUGCCUAUCUGGACGAGUUUGUCGAUCCAAGCUUGUGUCCAGAAGAGGACAAAAUGGCGCCGUCCGAGCGCCAAAUCACCUUGUGGUGCAAGCUUCAUCACUCCGUGCCGCUCAAGGACCCCAGGUUCAACUUUGUAGGUCUCGGGGAUCUUUCGGACGCAGCAGUGUUGACCACUUUGGCCCGCGCCUUGCAUUUGGACUGGAAUCCCACUUUAGACAACCCGUACGAGGCGUAUGACGACUUGAAGGACGCCCGCCGCUUGAUGGAGGUGUCUUUGAACAUCAUACACAUUCACCAUUACAUGGCCAUGUCUUUGGACCACACCCUUUACUUCCAUGUGGAUGAUUUCGACGACUUCAAAGUUAUGGACUGGUUGACGAUGUCGUACCAGUUUGGAAUCAGCAAAAACCACCGGACGUUGGUGCGUGGCCACUUUUUCGAUCCAAAGGGCAACUGUGUGGCUACUUUUGUUCAAGAGGGCUUGACGUAUAUGCGUCCAGGUGUCAACAAGUUGUAA